AUGAUAUCAAGACAGCUUUGUCGUCGUAUCCCAGGGCGAAGAACCACUACUAGCGUCACUACGAGUGCGACUCGACUAACAACACAGACCCGCCUUUAUUCGUCAUCGUAUCGUGAUAAUGAUCGUAACAGCAGUGGAAGCAGCAGUAGCAGCAGUAGCAGUAAUAGCAACAAUGAUAACAACGGUCAGAGUGUCCCUUCACAGCAACAGACGAAAGCGACUGCUCAAGAGCGUUUAUCAUUUAUGCCUGUGGUCAACAUGCCCGAAGCUGAAUUUGCACAUAAUGCCUUUUUUUCGUUACAUCGACCUUUGUUGGGCUUGUCAUCCGAUGAAGAGCGACCAUUCUUUACAGCAACGUCAACAGCCCGGCAUCGUGGCCCUAAUCAAAUACAAAAAAUGUUGGGCAUAGAACAACCAAAAGAUGGUGAUGCUGAAGCAGCACUGAAUGCAGAAGACGAAGCUGUGACACAUUACAUGAUGAACCUUAGGCCAUUUGAACCUCCACGAUUGCCUCAGGAUACCACCGGCAGCGAAGCAAUUGGCCAGCAGAACGAGGACGAAGAAGGAGAAACAGUGGUGACGUUAAGCUUUGAGGAUGGGCAUUCGGCAUACGACGACAUUGAAGCGAUCCAUAUGGACCAAUCCAUGCCUAUUUUCCAUAUGCCCGACAGCGAUGAAGUGGUUGAUUACUUGACAGCAAUGCAAGACAAGUUACAGCAGCGACAACAUCAGUUGGAUACUUGGAAGGUACAGGAUUAUCAACAGCAGCAGCAGCAGCAGGAGGAGGAAGAGGAUCAAGUACUACAAGUGGAAGAGGAGAACGGUAGAAGACGCGGCGCAAACCGGCCGAUUGUUCAUGCGGCUACUGCGGCUGAAGCAAGAAAACGGACCAUGUCCAUACAGCAACAUAGACAACGUACAAGACGACAGCGACCGAUCGCCAUGAUAGACAGGAAACAAUACACCAAGUAG